AUGACGACUGCCAUCACAGAGCUGGAUGCUCACGAGCAGCCCUCGGAUGUGAUGAAGGCGAAAUGGAAGGCCUGGUCAAGAAUGGAACCAUCGGAAUUUGUCGAUAAUGACAGAAUAGACGAUCCACGCAAACCGCUUUCCGUGUCUGGCUUUUUGCAAGCCGCCUCGAUAUCUGCAGGCCAGCUCAACGACGCCUUUACAAAGCUGACUGACGGCUCAUAUACUACCAAAGCGACAGAAGACAUUCCUGUUAUACAUCACCCUAUUCUACCAGGUCUGCUCAUCAUCCCCAACAUGGUUCCGCCAGAGAUGCAAACAAUCCUACUGGAAAAGAUGCUGCAUCGCGAUCUAAGCAACCCUACUCAUCAAACAAACCUUCACCUCCAUUACACCCUUCCAUACCCUGCUGACUCUGCAUCCUUCUUCUCAAUGGCACCAGAAUCCGACCAGACCUUCACUCCCAAGGACCCCUCUGUUCACAAGCCCCUCAAUGCACGCCAGGUCCUUCAGCGCCGUCUACAUUGGGUGACGCUUGGUGGCCAAUAUGACUGGACAAACCGCGUGUAUCCUGACGAACGGCCGCCUACGUUUCCGCAGGACAUCUCUGCGUUUCUGGACGCGCUCUUCCCAGACACAGAUGCCCAGGCAGCCAUUGUCAACUUUUACACGCCAGGCGAUACCAUGAUGAUGCACAGAGACGUCAGCGAGUUUACUGAUAGAGGCCUCGUAAGCUUGAGUCUAGGCUGCGACGGGCUAUUCAUGAUUGCUCCUAAUGGAUGGAAGCCGGUGGUGGGAGAGGAGAGCACAGAGAAAGAGUACCUGCUGCUUAGACUGCGGUCCGGCGACGCCAUCUACAUGACGCAAGAGUCGCGGUAUGCGUGGCACGGCGUCCCCAAAGUCCUGCCUGGUACGUGUCCGGAUUACCUGGAGAAUUGGCCCGCAAAGGAUGGCGAGUAUACGGAAUGGGAGGGCUGGAUGAAGAACAAGCGCAUCAACUUGAAUGUUAGACAGAUGCACGAAUAA